CUCUCCAUGAACUCGAUCUAUUUUUGCUAUCAAGACCUCUUCUGCAAUCUGCCCUUGGUAAAUGGUAAAAUGGUUCGGCGAUGUCUAUAUCAACAGAAGACGGACCCAGACUUCAAUCUCAAUACGACUCGUUCACAAUAUUCAAUCCACACAUUCCUCGUCACUGAUCACAUCCAAGAGAUUCUUCCAAAGAGGAAAUUACCAUCAUCAACCGUGAUGAAGACCAUAAUCUACAUUAUCUCCGCCAUCUUCAGCUCGGUGGCUUUUGGCCGCGUGCCGGGCAUCUUCACGCCUUCGCCCGUACAGUCUGGGUUUCCGAGCAACUGCGAGGGCUUCGCCAUGGCCAUCCCCGGCGACACCUGCGACUCGCUGGCCCAGAAGCACGGUCUGGACACCCCCACCCUUCUGAGUCUCAACCCACAGAUUGGCGGGUACGAGAACUGUCCCCGCAACCUCUUCGCCGACUACUGGUACUGCAUGCACGCCGAACUCGCCCCUCCGUUCAGGGAGCCGCCGCCGCCGCCACCGACUCAGACUGCAGACCCAAGGAAGACGUUAGUUCAUCACCCGCCACCGGCGACCACCACCGGCGAGAAGCAGGGCGCGCCUGCAGCGAUCACGACGCCGCCGCCGAGUUGCCCGACCAAUGACUGCUGGCGUGCCUUCAGGAAGGCUGCGGAUCGGGUGAAGCCGAGCUACUCGAGCUGGUGCUCUUCGGUCCUCGCUCCACCUGCCAUCCUGGAUCCGUAUUUCGACGAUUUCCCCGGGGCCCCGAACAUGGUCAAGAACCAGUGCACAGGCCUGGGGUACGCACACACUGUCAUCAGCUCUUAUUGCCGCUGCUAUACAGCAGGUCAGAUGGACUAGGUAGUCAGUUGGGGGGACCUCGGCUGCGGUGCACGCGAUUCGCAAGAGUUUCUUUGAGACUGAGUUACGCAUACU